AUCCCCCAUAGCAUAAUGUCUCCUGGAAAUGGCUCUUUAGUGACUCAGUUCAUACUUGUGGGAUUAACAGACCAUCCACGUCUCCAACUCCCUCUGUUCUUCCUGUUUCUAGGAAUGUAUAUGGUCACUGUGCUGGGAAACUUGACCUUGAUAACUCUAAUUGGGCUGAAUUCCCACCUUCACACCCCCAUGUACUUUUUCCUCUUCAACUUAUCCUUUGUAGACCUCUGUUAUUCUUCUGUUUUUACACCCAAAAUGCUGAUCAACUUUGUAUCAAAGAAGAAUAUUAUUUCGUACCAGGGGUGCAUGGCCCAGUUCUACUUCUUUUGUUUUUUUAUCAUUUCUGAGUGCUAUGUGCUGAUAUCAAUGGCCUAUGAUCGCUAUGUGGCCAUAUGUAACCCACUCCUGUAUAACAUUGCCAUGUCCCCUAAUGUGUGCUCCAAUCUUCUGUUUGGUUCAUACUUGAUGGCAUUUUCUGGUGCUAUGGCCCACACUGGAUGCAUGCUGAGACUGACCUUCUGUGAUGCCAACAUCAUCAACCAUUAUUUCUGUGACAUCCUCCCUGUUCUCCAGCUCUCCUGCACUAGCACCUAUGUGAAUAAGCUUGUGUUGUUCAUUGUGGCUGGCAUCAACAUCAUUGUGCCCAGUUUCACCAUCUUCAUCUCUUAUGGUUUCAUUGUCUCCAGCAUCCUCCACAUCAAUUCCACUGAGGGCAGAUCCAAAGCCUUCAGCAUCUGCAGUUCCCACAUAAUGGCUGUUUCUCUGUUCUUUGGAUCAGGUUCAUUUGCAUACCUUCAGCCAUAUUCAGCCAGGUCUAGGAAUGAGGGAAAAAUCUCUUCUGUCUUUUACAACAAUGUGGUUCCCAUGAUGAACCCCUUAAUCUACAGUUUGAGGAAUAAAGAUGUUCAACUUGCCCUGAGAAAAACUCUGAAUAGGAGAAUAUUUUUAUCAUAA